AUGGUAAGAAACAGAGAACGGAAAACCAACAUUGGCAUGGUAAACUCCGAAACAAUGCGUGAAGCAGUAAAAGCUGUUCUAAAAGACAAGAUGCCCAUACGUGAAGCUGCUCGAGAAUACAAUGCCUCCAAUACAACUUUACAACGGUAUGUGCUGAAAAGUAAAGAUGUUAACUGGGAUAAGGAUUCAAAUGCAAAGGACAUAAUAUUUAAACCUAAUUAUGAUGUGCGUAAAAUUUUUUCUACAAAAGAAGAACAAAUGCUUGCUAACUAUUUCAUCCAGGCUAGUAAAUUACAUCAUGAUCUUCCACCUGAGGAAGCAAAAAUUCUUGCCUUUCAAUAUGCUACCAGCUUAAAGAAAGACAUUCCAGAAUCUUGGAAAAGAAAUCAAUGUGCUGGCAGAGACUGGCUGGAAGGGUUUAUAAAACGUUCCCAAUGUAUUUCUUUGCGCAAACCAGAAGCUACAUCUUUGGCCAGGUCAAUGGGCUUUAAUAAACCUGUUGUUAUGCAGUUCUACGGCACAUUGUAUCACUUAUUGGAAAACAUAUUCAAUUUAGACGAAACAGGGGUCACUUCUGUUCAAACUCCUGGCAAGGUACUUGCAAAAAAGGGUACAAAGCAAGUAGGGCAAGUGACCAGUGCAGAAAGAGGAGAGUUGGUCACUUUAUGUUGUGUCAUUAAUGCAUUAGGAAACUCACUACCACCCUUCUUCAUAUUUCCGAGAGUGAACUUCCGCAAUGCUAUGUUGCAUGGUGCACCCUUAAGAUCUGAUGGAGCUGCAACAGUAUCUGACUGGAUGAACUCAGCUAUAUUUAUAUUAGUCAUGAAACAUUUUAUUACAUUUUCGAAGUCGUCUCUACAAAAUAAAACACUUAUAAUCAUGGACAACCACUACAGCCAUGUAAGUAUUGAAGUCAUAGAUUUGGCAAAAGGCAAUGGUGUAAUUUUGUUGACCCUGCCUCCCCACUGUAGCCACAAGCUACAACCGCUCGACAAAACAGUUUUCGGCCCAUUUAAAAAAUAUUAUAAUGAUGCUUGUCGAGCCUGGUUGUUAAAUAACCCCGGAAAUCGCAUUACUAUCCAUGAAAUCGCAGGUCUUGUUGGAAAGUCAUAUCCCCUUGCACUCUCUACAAGUAAUAUCCUGUCUGGUUUUUCAUCGACAGGAAUUUUUCCUUUUGAUAAAAAUAUCUACAAAGAUGAAGAUUUUACUGCCUCUAAUGUUACAGAUGUUCCAAUGGAAAAUGUCACAGUUGAAGAUCAACCUCGUAUUUUUCAAGAAGGUACUUCUCUAGCUACAUUAGUCCAGCCUAAUGUAGAGGCCUCUCUGGAAAAUCUUGCAAUUCCAGGUCCAUCGAGGGCAUUUGAUAAUUUGUUGGAUGUAGAACAUUCAUUGGAAAACAUUCCAGCACAAAGUGUGUUACAGGAAAAAGGGAAUAAGUCUUCCACAGAAUCUUCAGUUCAAGAAAAUUUUGCAGGACAAGAAAUGACACCAGAGAUGGUAAAGCCUUUUCCUAAGGCUGAUCCAAAAAAGAAAAAAUUGACAAAGCGACAACCUACAAAAUCAGAAGUUCUUACAGAUACACCAGAAGAUCAACACUAA